AUGAGGAACAAAGAAGAGCUAGCAGAGCUGAAGAUCACCAGGAAGCUGCAUUCAAUACCAAGGCCAGAGAAGCCUCGAGCACCAAUGCUCCAAGAGGCAAAAAGCCUUGGAAAAGCAGGUCUAAGCCUGAUACUGCAAGGAGCAAUGACCAGCCCUACAAACAUUGCAAGGCCAGGUCAUCCAGAAGACAGAUGCUGGUUUAGGCCAGAUGCAGUAUGUCAACACUGCAAGAAGAAAGGCCAUGUUGAAAGGGUUUGCAAAAACAAAACCAAGCCGAGGCAGAGUCAAUUUCAACAACCAAAGGUUGAAGCUCGAGUAGCUGAGGAUAGCAGUGACCAAGAAGAGCAGGUCUUUGCUAUUUCUUGCUUAGCUGCUGAAAAGAAAUGUUCAAAAGGCUGGUUAUUGGACAGUGGUUGCACUAACCACAUGUCACCAGAUGCCUCCUUGUUUAAAACCUUGGAUAGAAGUUGCAAACCCAAGGUCAAGGUUGGAAAUGGUCAGUUCAUAAGGGCUGAAGGAAGAGGAGAGGUGCUGAUAUGUACUCCUACAGGCAACAAAGUCAUCUCAAAUGUCUUGCUAGUACCUGAAAUUGACAGAAACCUUCUCAGCAUAGCUCAAUUGCUUGAGAAGGGCUAUUCUGUUGUGUUUAAGGAUAAACAGUGCCACAUUGCUGAUCUAAGUGGAUCAAGCCUUAUGACAGUCACAAUGACUGAUAAAUGCUUUGAGGUCCAUUGGCCAAGUGACUCAAAGUCAGCUUACACUGCCUCUGUUGAUGAUUCCAAGCUUUGGCACCAAAGGCUCGGGCAUGCCAACUUCAGGUCAAUGGCUCGAUUGGCCAAAGAAGGCCUGGUAGAGAACUUCACCAACUCAGUGGAGCAUGAUGAUGUGUGUGAAGUGUGCCAGAUAGGAAAACAGGCAAGAUUACCAUUCCCAAAGAAACUCAAAGAUGGAGAGCCACCGAAAAAUUGCAAAUGGUGCACUCGAUGUAUGUGGACCUAUGAGGAUGAAUCACUCAAGAAUAAUCUUACAAAUGUCUACACACCUCAGCAGAAUGGGGUAGCUGAAAGAAAGAACAGAAGUCUGAUGGAUAUGGUAAGAUGUCUCCUGUUUGAGAAGAAACUGCCCAAGACCAUGUGGGCUGAGGCAGUAAACACUGCUGUUUACCUUCAGAAUAGGCUCCCUACCAAAGCUCUUGCAUCCAAGACACCUUUCGAGGCUUGGUUCGGUUUCAAGCCUUCCUUGGCACAUCUGAAGGUGUUUGGUUGCCUGUGUUAUGCACAAAUACCAGCAGCAAAGAGAGACAAGCUCUCUGAAAGGGCUCAACCAGGUGUUCUAGUAGGCUAUAGCUCAUUCAAGAAGGGCUACAGGGUUUUGGAUCCCUUGACAAACAAAGUCCAGGUGAGCAGAGAUGUCAUCUUUGAUGAAAAAGCCUGCUGGAAUUGGGAGAAAAUGAGCGAGCGGCUUUGA